UCACGUCCGGUGUCUUUCACUGCGCGCGAGGCAGGGCGGGAACCGACAGAGCGUGAGAAGACACAGGGGCGCGUGCGACAGGAGAAGGGGAGGAUACUGAGACAAGCCAACGUCAAUAUUUUUAUAGCCGAAAAAGAGAGAAGGUGAACAUCGUUGGCUGAAAUACAGCAUCUAGCUCUUAUAAACGGAAAUCCGUAACUUUUAUUACGUUUGAAAACGCCAAACAAAUAACCCACAGAAUAGAAUAAAGGUUGAGGACUUUACAGGCGCGCGGAUUAAUAGGAAGCAGCUUUUGCCCCUCUGUUGUUCAGUCACUUGUUUUACAACUACCAUUAAGGAGACGAAACAAGACACGUGACCUUUUUGGAGUGGGAGCCAUCUUGGGGACCUCUGUGUUACAGAGCCUAGGACUUCAGAUCCGAGGCCACAGUUUUUUGCCAUGGAAACUGUUCUGGUCUUCCUUUUUUCCCUCCUAGUCUAUGUGGCGGCUAUGUCUGACAGUGAUGCCAAGGAUGGAAAAGAAAAGGACCCAUUUGUAUACGACUAUGAGAGUUUAAGGAUUGGGGGUCUUGCAUUUGCCGUUGUCCUCUUUGCCCUGGGAGUGCUUCUCAUUCUCAGCCGCAGAUGCCGCUGCAGUAUCAACCAAAAGCCCAGAGCCCCAGGAGAUGAGGAGGCUCAAGCUGAAAACCUCAUGGUCUCCAAAGCUAAGGAGACCCCUAAAGCAGAAAACUGAGACAUCCAGUGUCGUUGAAAACAUAGCUGUGGCUGAACGACUUCAUUGAUGUUGACGAUGACGAUGAAACUAAUACAGACCAUGGCUAUGAGAGGACCGUGAGGAGAUGAAGAUGUAGGGGGAGGAGACUGUGAUUUGGGUUAUUAAUGGGCCAGUGUCUUGUACGUAGACCUCUAGUCCUGUCACGUGACCAGUAACUGUAUCCGUCUUUCUGUCCGUGAACCUUUUGCGACAGUUUGUCUUGAGUAAGUUGUUUUAGUAAAACUAGCCACUUCCUGUAGAUCAUUCUUAACCUUUUCGGCUCCUCCCCAGCUGAACUUGUGUGUGUGCUUUAAAGGGAUAGUUCACCCAAAAAUGACAAUUCUGCAUCGAAAUGUUUAUUUUUGGAAGAUCUAUCCCUUUACCAAUUUCGUUUCAACGUAUUUAACAGCAACUGUUACUGUUAUCGGUGGUGUGACCACUUGUUAUUAUCAUUUGUGUCCCACCUGCUGUUUUCUCUCUUGUAGAUUGUAUAGAUUAUAUGCAGACAUAUUUAAAUUUACAUACGUAUUUAAUAUAAGUAUGAAUUCAUACGUGAUGCAGAAAAUAUAUUUGAAUAUAUCGUGUAUGCAUAUACUGUAUGUGUGUGUGUGUGUGCGUGUGUGUGCAUGAGCCCACAUUCAUGUGAAUCAGUGGGUGUGGUCUUUCUCCUCCUGACAAUCUUACAACCGCUGUACCCAGACCAAGCACAAAAACAGAACCGUAUCACCACUGUACCACAGGGGGCGCCAAUCCAUUGUCCUCUUUUCAGCUGCAACACUGCCGGCCUCUACGCCCUCAUUCGGACCCACAGUAUAGGCUAAACGUCUGCUGUGUGAGAACAGACUCGGACAGCAUGACCGAAAGAGCAAUUCACCUCACCAUAGUGCCACUAACCUGUGUCCUCUACCUUUUAUGACCAUGUUUAUUGUAGAUUGUGCAUUUAUUGUCUUGAAGAGAUAGUUCGCCCCAAAAUGAAAUACUUCGCUCAGCUUAAUGUCAUUCCAGAAUUAGAAAGAAAUGGGUUUCUUUUGUGUAAACAAGUGCCAAUGUGUGUCAAUGCAUGAAGAAUGUGAAAAUGCUGUUUUGAAGGGAUAGUUUACCCAAUAUAUAUAUUUUUAAUUCUGUUAUCAUUUACUCACCCUCUUGUCAUUUCAAACCUGUAUGACUUUCCUUCUUCCGCAGAACACAAAAUAAGAUAUUUUGAAGAAUGUUGUUAACCGCCACCCAUUGACUUGCAUUGGUUGUGUGUUCAUAUAAUAGAAGUGAAUGGGUGCUGGCACUGUUUGCCAACUUUCUUUUGCAGAGCACAAAAGAAGAUAUUUUGAAGAAAGAAAGUCAUACAGGUUUGACAAGAGGAUGAGUAAAUGAUGACAGAAUUUUCAUUUUUGGGUGAACAAUCCCUUUAACAAGAAAGUGAAUGGGGACUGGGUCUUUAAAGCGCCUAAACAUACAUCUUCUGAAGCCAUAUGACACAACGUUGGUUAGAUAACCUUUGGGUUUGGAUUAACAUGAGAAUGAGUAAAUUUUUGUGUGGACUAGCGCUUUAAAAUCACUCGCACCAAUAUUCAAUGGAACCAAAAUGUCGACCUCUAAGGAGAGCAACAUUUGCUUUUGUGUGUUUGAGUACGUGUGUGAGUGUGUGUUGUGCCACACAUCACUUAGUGUAAUAAACUCAUGAGAGUUGUAGAAAUGUAGGUCAGUUUGUAAAGAGAAGUGUUCCACAGAAUAUUAAACACAUUUAGUCGACAGUCUAAUGUUACAGAUGCUUUGCUAUUACAGACGAAUGUGAAACACAUCCGUCUCAUCUCUGUGCAGCCGCUCUGUAUGGACGCUCUUUGUGCUUCUAAAUAAAUUAAGUCUCUGUCUGACAC